AUGGUCGUCACAGCUAUCUCCCCCGUUCACCCCAACCACGCCGACGCCGCUGACGCACUCAAAACUGCCCUGUCUCCCAUCUCGCCCAAACAUCCACCCCCCACUCUCGACUAUGGUCUGCCCGGAACAACGCCCCCGGAUCGCAUGAGCCCUACUGUAGUCACGUCCUCGCCGACGGUCAGUGGCAUCCCAGGGCGAGACGAGUCUGCGGCUGGCCCUUCCAGCCCUAGACCUAUCCCACCGCCUCCGAAUGCGAGGCGCCAUCGAUCAGGGAUAUUGAUGUCUAGGGUGCGAGCAUCUGGAUCAGCCACCAGAUUGCAAGGAGAUGUCUCAGGGAGCAAAAGCCAUGGCGACCUGGUUUCAAUGGCAGCUGCUAGGAGAGACGACGAUGAGCCAGAAAACGGCGAUGUGAUGGAGCAUCUGGGUCAGGACACGGAUGAAGACGAUGAUGAUUUUUGGGAAGGGUAUGAAGGCAGGGGAAGAUUCCGUCCGGCGAGCCGAGAAGGGUGGAAGAGAGUGAUGAGCGAGGGCCGGCACAACAGCGAUGGAGAAUCAUUCUGGGACAACUCAGCCCGGUACUACCACCAUCUGCAUUCUGGGAGGAACUCUCAGUCGCCUUCGAUCUGCACCUCCCCUGAUCAAUCGCCCGUAGCGUCCCAUACCACCUCUCCGAUCUUCGUGCGCCGUAACCUUUCCCUGCCACAGAACGGCUCUGCAGGCGUAUCGGGCUCUGCCAAGUCACUUUCCCCCAACCAACACUUUCUCCAAUCUCACCUACCCCCGACAUUCCCAUCUCCAGUCAACUCGGGCACCAGUCCAGACACGCUCUACCCUGAAUACCAAGGGCCUGCCGCCAUGGUCUUCACGCCUACAACGCAAGAGUGGAAGGAUUUGCAAGAGACGCCGGAGUGGAUAGAGGCUCACGGGGAGAGGGUGGAUGCCAACUUUGCAAGCAGUGAUGAGGAUGAUAGCGGCCAUAGUCGGCAUCAUAGCCUGGAGAAGGAUGAGGGAGAAAGACCCAGGCGAAUACUCAAAAAGUCCAUCUCUGCAGAGUAUCUGGGGCCCGAGGAAACUCAUACUCCAGACCCUGGCUCUCCCCCUUCAGGCGACAAGUCUGCUCCUCUUGCCCCAGUAUACCAGCCGAAUAUCAUCGCCCCGAGCCCCGUUAUGGCGGCGAACCUGAGCAGGCGGUGUAGCGCCCCCCUGACUCUUGGUUCACCCGCUGCCGAGUCCCCGGGGCUUCCGGAUGGUGUGCAGAGCACUGGGGCUCUGGGACUCAAAGACACUUCCGCUUGUCCUACUUCCCCGGUUAAUCAAAGCACCCCCACGCCGGGUGAGGCCGAUCCCGACGAUGUCAUUUUGAACCCCAAUCGAGGUGCGGCUCCUGCAAGGUGGAAUAGUAUAGGCCGACGCGAUUCUCUGCGCUCGGUGACGGAGAAAGAGGCUCCACCGCCUCUUCAGCGAGCCAAGACGAAACGAGAGCUGGAACGGGAGAAACUGUUGAAGAUGGUGGAUGAAGAGCUCGAGGCUGAACAUGAACCUGCUCAGAGUCCGGGUUGGGGCGGCGGUGUUCAGUCUAUCGGCAAGGGAUUCAGCCUAGACAGUGCCAGAAGCCCUGGGACCCCCCCUCCCUCGGAUGUGCCCACUGUGCGGGUCGAUCCCGAUGCGCUCAAUGGCCCAAGCUCUGAAGACCCAGCUGUGAGCAACAAGAAGAGCCCGCCCAAUCCAUUUGAAUCUCAUUUCACCAAGAAGCUCGGCUCGAAACAGCUCACUUCACCUUUCAAGCCUUCUCCCCUCAACGCGUCUCCUAUCGUUGCUCCCGAAGACGGCUCGGUGACACCAUCUACCGCCGCUACCACUCCUGCGGCAGAUGUCACCCUUGAAGCAACUACCCAGUUUAACACCCGUCCAACCACGGAAUCAUCCAGUGAAACAUCCACUGGUCUAGACAGUAUUCGCGAUUACACUCGCGGUAUCGCUGGUUCUCAGCCGCCCAAGCCUGGAGACAUCACUCCACCCAAAUCACCUCGAGUUUCAUCUCGUAAGCGUGAUACCAAUCGCGUCAGUCUUGUGGCUGGCCGAGUGGUGAGACCUUUCGCUCUUCCACCUUCCACCGCCCUCCCUCCUUCUGCCCGGGCGGCCGCAGAGAGCCCAGCUCUCCAAUCCUUCUCCCCGUUCAUCUCGCCCAAUACUGCUCCAUCGACGCCAGCAACGACGACGUUCCCUCGUCUUGAUUCUCAUAUCAGCACAAUCAGUACGGCUCCAAGUACUGGAGUGCCGAGUGAGUGCGGGACACCGACAGAAGAGAAGGCGGCCGGGAUAGGAGGGCGGGGCAUAGAUGACUAUGUCAUUCUGAAGGAGGCGGGUAAAGGAGCUUAUGGGCUGGUGAUGAGGGCAAAGGUGAAGGGCCUCAACGGACAACCAGUUGGUGACGAGGUCAUCAUCAAGUACAUCAUCAAAGCAAGGAUCCUGGCGGAUUGCUGGAAGAAGCACAAGACUCUGGGUCCGAUUCCAGUAGAGAUUCAUGUGAUGGACCAACUCCGUCAAUUGAUAUACACCCCUCCCAAGACGAUGAAUCCCUGGGAUCCAGCUCGACCCCGUCCUGGACAAUUCAAACCUCCUUUUGACAGUGCCGAUUCACUUUCGUCUACCCCAGUCUCGCCCGGCAAAAAAGAUCAAUUGAGCCCGCCUUUGUCGACGGUGCAGAAGCAUAUUACGGAUGAGAUCAAGACGUCGCCCAGGCGAGGUCAUCCCAAUAUCUGCAAACUUGUCGAUUUUUUUGAAGACAGGGAGUUCUACUACCUGGUCAUGCCUCGCUUCGGUACCGGCCUCGAUCUCUUCGACCGCGUAGAGACCCGGCCGUUGGGGCUGGACGCUUUCGAAAUUCGAUCUUUAGCUGGCCAACUCAUCGACGCGGUCAACUUCCUUCACAUCAAUGGCAUCGUACACCGAGAUAUCAAGGACGAAAACGUCAUCCUCGACGGUUCCGGCCAUUGUCAGCUCAUAGACUUCGGCUCUGCCGCUCACUGGCGGCCAGGCAAGAAGUGGGAUACCUUUUCAGGUACUUUGCACUAUGCUUCGCCAGAAAUUUUGAGAGGUGACAUGUAUGGCGGGAAGGAGCAGGAUGUUUGGGCGCUCGGCGUAGUGUUCUACGUUCUGCUAGUAGCCGAAACUCCCUUUUCAGAGAUACCCGAUGAGGUUCUCAAGGGCUUGGAAGAGGGUUAUCAGGCCGAUACGGUUCUGAUGGCUAGGUGCGGAAAUGGCCAUGAAGAAGAAGGCCUGGAAGAUGACGGUGGAGGGCGGCUGGGUGACGCAGCGGAUCUUGUCAGGAGGUGUAUGGAGAUUGAUGCGGCGAACAGGCCCGGUGCGGAGACGUUACUGAAACAUAGAUAUCUCAAAGGGGCCGGGGGCUGGACGGGAAGAAAAGGUUGGAUAGAAGAAUGA